AAAUCAGCGAGUCUUUUUUUCAGUCUAGUGAAAAGUCUUGAGCCGUUCAGUAAAAGAGGAAAUCACAUCGUUUCAUUACGGCUCCAAAUCUCCACUGGUGGGACAGAAAACCCGACUGGAUCUUUAAUUGUUAAUUCCAGCAUUUUGGACCAUGGGAGGUUAUUAUGGGCUGCUGGUUCUGAUGGGCGUUGCCCUGCUUCUGGCAACCGGCCAAUGUGAUGUGAGCUGUAGAGGAACUGACGGCCAGGCAGGUAUAAAUGGAGCCCGGGGUAGAGAUGGAAGGCGUGGAGAGAAGGGACCAAAAGGAGAGCCAGCUGAUAUGGCCAACAGUCUGGUGGAUGCAAGCAGCCUGCUGAUCCUGAGGGGAGAGAAAGGGAAUCGGGGCGCGCAAGGCCCCAUGGGCCCUAAAGGUUUCCAAGGAGAUGUGGGCACAGUGGGACGCCCUGGACAACCUGGUCCUCCUGGCCCCGAUGGGCGCUUCGGCAGAGGACAGCAGUCCUCUGCACAGCGCCGCUCAGCCUUCUCAGUGAUCAGGACUAGCAGUAAUUAUCCUCCCUACGACAAGGUAGUAACCUACCAACAAACUGUGGUCAACGAACCUCAGGACUUUAACAUCAACACAGGUGUCUUCACCUGCAGCGUACCUGGUGUUUAUUACUUCACCUUCCAUUCAGUGGCCAAGGUCAACAUGUGUCUGAGGAUAGUCAGUGAAGCUCUGGAAAACAGAAAGCUGGGAUUCUGUAAUUAUAACAACAGGAACCUAGAGCAGGUGCUGUCGGGUGGUGUGGUCCUAGAGCUGACAGCUGGACAGAAGGUCUGGCUUGAGUCCUUUAGGGAGCAGCAGGCAGCGAAUCUUGCAGGAGAUCAAAACGAAAAACAGAUCAUCUUCAACGGCUUCUUGCUCUUUUAAAUUCCCGAAUAAAUUCAGUCAUACACUCAGUGGGAGCUGACAACCUGAGACUACAUCUCCCUAUGAAUUCAGCAUUUAAAAAUCUCUGAUCGCAUUUCUCAAGAACAGUUUUUAGAAGCACAGUUUAUCAAAGCAGAGUGUCAAAGCAUUAGUAUUUGUUAAAUGCUCUUUGUAGCAUUUGUUUGUAUGUUUGUGUCAAUCCUUCACGCUGACUCAUGUAACCCUUCUCUGAAUGCUGACUUUGCCUACAAGUGCUGCAAAAAAUAAAGUUUGUUAUUGAGUGUG